AUGGAUGAUUCACUUUAUGAUGAAUUUGGUAAUUAUCUUGGGCCAGAAUUACCUGAUACCGAUGAGGAAGAAGAACAAGUUGUUCAACCAAUGCAAGAAAUUGAGGAUCAAGAAGAAUAUGAAGAGACUGAGGUGACUUCCGGCAUGGCUCUAAUGGAAAUAGAAGAUAUUCCUUCAAAUCAGGUUGUGCUUCAUGAAGACAAGAAAUAUUAUCCAAGUGCUGAAGAAGUUUAUGAAAGAGAUCGUGGUGUUAGUAUAAAAAGCAUGCCAAUGACUCUUGUUUUGCAAAAUACUAAAGGAAAAUCUUAUCUAUUCAAUAUUCUAGAUGCUCCAGGACAUGCUGAUUUUGUGGACGAGGCUACAGCUGCACUUAGAUUGGCUGAUGAAUACUAG